GAUGAACCAAAGUUCAUCGUGGAGCAUAUUGAGAACGAAGAGGAGGAUGUAGAAGAAAUCGUUCGCCAGGAGUCGAUUAGCAUUAACAUCCCCACGACAACUUAUGCCGGUACCUAUGCGCCCGCGUUUGCUAACGCCUCGCCAUCUCUCGCUAUGAUUGCACCCGUUCCAACGCCAUCUCCUCGACUCGAGUUCUGCUCCCCGAUGUUUUCAGAGUUCUCCGAGCGCACCAACCGACGCGCCCUUGUGGACCAUUUCUGCAAUGUUCUAUCCCAUCUCAUCGUGUUCCGGGAAGAGGGCGGAAAUCCUUUCCAGCAACUCGUUCUUCCCCUAUGCCACGAGAGCCAGCCUGUUAGCAAUGCUGUCUAUGCCCUUGCAAGCGCUCAUCUCGAAUAUCGCGGGGUUGAGAACGCCGAGAAGAGCGUUUUCUUCCACAACAAGGCCAUACAAGGUCUCGCACGGUUAAUCCAGAAGGGACCAGGCGCGAAUCGAAACGAACUACUGGCUGCUAUUAUGCUUCUAGUGUAUUACGAAGUGUUGGUUCAAAAAGGUCGAUCCAAUAUUGUCGAUGGUCAUCUCAAGGGUGCGAUGACUAUCAUGAGUAACAAUGGGACAGCCACCGACCCGACAGGCGUCUUUUUAGAGCGGGCAUUCCGAUUUUAUGAUGUGAUCGCAGCGCUGUCUUUCGGUACUGCUCCUCUUUCUAGUGCUCCAGGCACCAACUACCUGGCACCAUUUCCUCCUCUCGACUCUGGUGGUGCUACAUCUCCCCUCAAUAGCGUUGAUACGCUGCUUGGCAUGGCCACUUCUCUAUGGCCUAUUAUCCACCGACUCUCUAACCUUUUAGCCUUGAAAGACCAACUUGACGUUGCAGUUGCGAACGCAGAGGUUUCAAAGGUGGCAGUCCUCAGAACGGAAUUUGAGACGUCAGCAACAGCCAUCGAAACCGCUCUGGAAGAUUGGCACCCUGUGCUCCCCGAAAAUUCUGUCCUGAAUCAGAAUCCUGAGGAACUGAGUCCUGAACAGUCGACUGAAAGGAGCCGACUACAAAGCAUUCUCAGUAACGCCUUGUCCUACCGCCAUUCUGCUUUCGUCUAUCUUUACCGCACCAUAUAUAGCUACCCACGCCGACAUCCACUUGUACAACGUCAUGCGCACAUCAGUCUUAGUCAUUGUAUUGGAACUGUCAGCAAUACCGGUCCCAUGAGCGCCCUUCUCUGGCCAUUAUUUGUUGCGGCUUGCGAGGCCACUACUCUUUCUGACCGCGACCUGGCACGCCAGACAUUCAUUGCCAUCAACCGCCGGCAAGGGAUGACAAAUAUUGACCGUGCAUGGACUAUCGUUCAGGAAGUUUGGAGAAGAGCCGAUAAGACUGACAUGAUGCAACAACAAGAGGAGGCAAUGAUGAUGGGUGUUAGAAGUGGAGGUGAUCUCUGGCGAAGAGUCAGCGCAGAUAUGGGUGUGACUAUCGUUUUUGGAUAACGAGAAGAAGAAGAAGAAGAAGAAGAAGAAGACGUAUGACUGGAAUGACGGGAGCGGAUUGGCAAUACCCAUUCAGAAAUUAUACAGCUGGAAAUAUCUAAGGAGUUGAAAAGCGAUGGGAAGCGAAGCGGUAAUGCAUUCAUUAUUCAGGAAGGUUAGGAGCACUGCCCGGCGUUGAUUUGUUGGGGUUGGUAAUCUGCAAAUUGUUUUUGGGUCUGACUAUUUGAAGGUGUGAUCAACUAUCUUAUCUUUAUGUAUAUAUGAAGCGCUGGAGUUGUCUUUAUGAAUGAAUAUUGGAUUCACCCUGAA